AUGAGCAUCAUGGCGGAACUGGAUAGUUAUGGAGUAGUGAACCUUGCGUAUGUCCCCUACCCGACGGACACUGAGGACGACCUCCCAGCAUGGCCUGAGGAGGUCUUUCCCAAUCUUCCGGCUCGUCCUGAACGCAGAUGCAACGCUCAGUCCCCUCAACAAGAAGCUGUUAAGGAAGACACAUCAAGACCGCUGAGAAAGGAGGAGCGAGAGGAACAGCACGUGGGAGAUGUGCCUGAUGGUGGUUGGUCCUGGGUGGUGGCCGUGGGUGCUGCCCUCAUAAUGACCUUCUUCUCUGGGCCUUUGUUGGGUCCGUUACUGGCAGAAUUCUCUUGGAGGUCGGUGGCAAUGCCAAGCGCGCUGCUUGCCGCUGCCUCGCUUGUGCUGUCGUCUUUCGCCGACUCUGCUGAGUUCCUGAUUUUCUCUUAUUCCGUCGUGGGAGGAAUAAGUUGCGGCCUUUUGAAUAACUUGUGUUACGUUAUUGUCCCACACUAUUUCUACAAACGUCGAGGGAUAGCAUAUGUCAUACUGGUGGCAGGUGUGUCAUGCGGUCCGAUCCUCGGCUCGCUCCUUGUCAGUUUUCUCCAAGAAAGUUUAGGGUUCAAAGGGGCAACGCUCAUCACUGGUGCGGUCGUGUUCAAUGCCUGCGUCGGCGCCUCGCUCUUUCGCCCUCUGCAGAAAAAACCCGGAGACUCUGAAAAGGGCAAAAAUCUAUACAGACUGAUGUUAAGAGUGAUUUGGAGCACUGUCACAGAUAUAAGCGUUCUGAAAUCACCCCGAGCUGCUAUCAUCGCUGUUAGCGGAGCUCUUACUCUCAACAGCUGGCUAAAUUUCUUAACACUAGUACCCUUUGCUGUCCAAGCGGCAGGUUACUCUUUCCAAGAUGCAGCCUGGUGCGUAACGGCAUCCGCUGUGGGUAACCUAAUAGGAAGUCUAGGAAUCUCUGUGCUGCUUGAUUGUCCACUUUUCAACAUGAGAAUUAGUUGCAUGGUCUGCACUGCCAUCAUCGGUGCCUCAAUACUAGCUUUCAGUCUGAUAGAUGAUAUCACGCUGCUAAUGUUUGUGAUGGGCGCGUGGGGCUUUGGCGUCGGGGGCUACAUGGGGACCUACAACCUGGUGAUCGAGAAGUAUAUGGGCCCUGAUAAACUGAUUCCUACGUGCGGAGUUACACUGAUGCUGGUAGGCCUUUGCUUCAUCACCAGUGGACCGGUGAUAGGUCUGAUUAGGGACAUGAGCCAGAGCUACGCUGUUAGUAUGUACGUGCUCUCCGGAAUGGCCUUUGUGUGCUCCAUCUUGUGGAACUUCAUGCCAGCGGCCGUUCGGUACGACCAACGCAGAGAUAACGAGCAGAGUUCCCGGAAGCUGUUCCCUUAA